GAAGCCGCGGAACGCUUCUCAGAACCACGUUUCCACCCGCGCGCUUUUGACAAACGCGCAGCGGAAAUGACGCAUCUAUUCUGCGUUCGUUUCAAGCGGCUCAAGAGGAACGUGUGCUACCCGCGAGAUUGUUUAGUCCUCUCGUCCUUCACCAUGAUCAUCCCCGUCCGCUGCUUCACUUGUGGGAAGAUUGUUGGGAACAAAUGGGAGGCGUAUUUAGGUCUUCUUCAAGCAGAGUAUACCGAAGGUGAUGCUCUUGAUGCUCUGGGUUUGAAGAGAUACUGCUGUCGCCGGAUGCUUCUGGCUCACGUGGAUCUCAUUGAGAAGCUGUUGAAUUAUGCACCGCUGGAGAAAUGAGGAGCUUUCUGUGCAACUGAAGAUGAAAAUCCCACUCGGCCUCGCCUCUCCUGUACUUUCAAAGACUUGAUGCUAAUGGAGGACAUACAGGCAUGGGCUUCGACUCGGACAUGGCUGGUUCAUUAGACUAUAUCUGACGUCAACUUUUGUUUAUUUGCAUUUUGUUAAAUAAAGAUUGAAAUGUA